CCGCCCGGUCUCUCUCUGUUCCCUGAUUGGCCAGUGGCCUUGUCAGUCAUGACGUGCCGAGACCGCACCCUGGAAUUCCAGUCCGCCUGCAAGUCGCUGCAGGGAAGACAACUGGAGAAUGGCGCUACCUCCAACAAACCAGUUCUCAAUGCCCUCAAACAGCGCAGUGACUUCACCCUCAUGGCCAAGAGAAUCGGCAAGGACCUAAGCAACACAUUUGCCAAACUGGAAAAGUUAACAACAUUGGCCAAAAGAAAAUCCCUGUUUGAUGACAAGCCUGUGGAGAUUGAGGAGCUGACCUAUAUUAUAAAGCAGGACAUCAACAGCCUGAAUAAGCAGAUAGCGCAGCUCCAGGGCCUGGUGCGCUCACGCAGCGGACAAAAUGGCCGCCACGUCCAGACACAUUCCAACACCAUCGUCGUCUCCCUGCAGUCAAAACUGGCAUCGAUGUCAAAUGACUUCAAAUCAGUAUUGGAAGUCAGAACGGAGAAUCUGAAGCAACAGCGUAGCAGAAGAGAGCAGUUCUCUAACACCCAAGUGGCCUCCUCUCCUCUCCUCGCCAACAACUUUGGGAGUUCGGUGUUGAUGCAGGAUGAGUCUCGGAGUAUGGGAGGCGGCGGGGGAGGGGGAGGGGAGGUCGCCAUCAACAUGGAGUCCCAACUGCAGCUCAUCAAUGAACAGGACUCAUACAUCCAGAGCCGGGCGGACACCAUGCAGAACAUCGAGAGCACCAUCGUGGAACUGGGCUCCAUCUUCCAGCAGCUCGCACAGAUGGUCAAGGAACAGGAGGAGAUGGUCAGGAGGAUCGGCGACAACGUGGAGGACACGCAGCUGAACGUGGAGGCGGCUCACACAGAGAUCCUGAAAUACUUCCAGUCAGUGUCCUCCAACCGCUGGCUCAUGAUCAAGAUCUUCCUCGUCCUCAUCAUCUUCUUCAUCAUCUUCGUGGUCUUCCUCGCCUGAGGAAGGAUGCCAUCGGAGAGGAGGAUGUGUGGGGAAAAAAGGAGGAGAGGAGGAGCCCCAGGAAGUGGAGGAUUUUGGAGGAGUGGUGUUGGAGUGGAGCGGAGGAGAGGGGAUGGGGAUGUCAGAAGUUUGAGACGUGGAAAAUGGACUAAGAACUGUUGGGGGGCAGUGGGGUGGAAGGGAGGGUCUUGAUUUAAAUUAAAACUGGACUUGACACUUUUAAGGUAACGAGACUGAAGUCGGUUUCAUGCUCAGAGUCUCUCGUUGGCAGGCAGGUAAGUGUUGCCGACCAGAGAGGCAAUGAAGACCAAACGGCGACGGCAAUGGAACUAUACGUUUCGUUUCUUUUCUUUUCCUUUUCACGAAGGAAGGGAGGGACUUUCGAGUUGCACAGACUUCACAUGCUCCCUUUUGUAGAGAUUUACGUUUAAAGAAAAAAAAGAAGAAGAAAGAAAAACAUUUGAGCCUUCAAAAUCUCUUUAUUUUUUUCUCCCCCUCUUUUAUCAUCAUUAUCAUUAUUAUGAUUAUUAUUAUUGUUGCUGAUUACCGUACAUUAAAUGAGGAGGAGGCUUCAAAUUCUA